AUGAAUAAAGGACCAAGAGCAGUAUAAUUAAUAUCAGUAGAUGAAGAUAAACGUAAUUAUAUCUAUAGUAUAAUAAGAACUUAAGUUGGAAUAGGAAGCAAUUGAAAUAAUCUAAUCAUUUAGUGAGAAAUGCAAGAAUUUUGCAGUUGUAGUAGUUGUGGGUAAAUAUAGAACCGGGAAGAGUUAUUUGAUUAAUUAAGUUUUAUUGUAAUAAAAUCAAGGGUUUAAUGUUGGAAGUACAGUCAAUGCUUGCACAAAAGUAUUAAAAGGAUAUAAAAAUUAAUAGGGAUUAUGGAUGUGGAGUGAUAUCAUAUAUUUUGAGUCUGGAAGAUCAAAGGAACCUAUUCCUGCAAUAUUGAUUGAUACAGAAGGUAUAGGUUCAUUGGAAGAAGAAUAGAAUCAUGAUGUUAAAAUAUUUUUAUUGGCAAUGUUGAUGAGCUCAUAUUUUAUUUAUAAUAGUGUUGGAACUAUAGAUGACAUGGCAUUAUAAAAUUUGGGAUUGAUUGUAAUUAUUUAUUUAUUAAAUAUUAUAGGUUAAUCUAACCAAAAUGUUAUAAAAAACUGAUGAAUCAACUUAGAAGGAUCUGUUUGAGACAUUUCCUUCAUUUUUAUGGAUUUUAAGAGAUUUUACUUUAAGAUUAGAGGAUGAGUUUGGAAAUAAAAUUACACCAAAAGACUAUUUAGAAAAUGCAUUGAAGCCAUUAAAAGGAUUUAGUGAAACUAUUGAAAAUAAGAAUAAAAUCAGAAGACAUAUAACAUAAUUUUUUUAAGAACGUGAUUGUAUGACAUUGGUUAGACCAACAUAAGAUGAAAAAGAUUUAUAACAUUUAUCUUAAUUAAAAUUUUCAGAAUUGAGAACUGAAUUUUAAGAAUAAUUGACAGCUUUAAGAAAAAAGUUUUCUUAUAAAAUUUCAUUAAAAUAAUAUAAAGGAAAACCAACAACACCUUUUAGUUUUGUUGAAAUGUGCAAGUAAUUUAUUUGAAUAAAUUUAGGCAUUUUGUGAAUACAAUAAAUGAAGGAAAUAUGCCAGUAAUUGAGACACAAUGGUAAAUGAUUUGUAAAUAGGAAUUAAAUAGAACACUUAUAGGAGGUUUAAAAAUUUAUAAAGACAGUAUAGAGGAAUUAUUAUUAUAAAAUGGAAUUUCAUAGGAAUAAUUAGAGAAAUCUCAUAAUAUUGUAAAUAUACUCAUUUAUUAAUAAAUAGUUUUUGAGAAAAGUAAAGUACUAUUUGGAAAAUAAUUGUUUAGAUAAGGAAGGGGAAGAAUUCACUACAGCUAAGAAAAUGAUUAAGUAAUAGAUUUAAGAAUUAUAUGUUGAUGCUUAAUAAAGAUUGUAUAAAAAACAUGAAGAAUAACUAGAAGAAAUAAAGGUUUAAUUCUUAAACAAAUUAAAUGAGCAAUAAAUCAAUAUUUGGGAGUUAGUUUUAGAAUGGAAUUAAAAAUAAGCUCUUAUUUGGAAUAGUGGAGCUAAUCAAACUUUAUAAAUAGAUUAUAUCCAAUAAAUACAAUAAAAUGUUAUGAAUAAGAUUUAAUAUGAAUUUAAAAAAUUAACUUUAUAAUUGAAGUAAUAGUAUAUUUAUAUUAUAAAAGGUAAUAAUGUGAUAGUGGAAAUUAAAUCUAAGAAGAUUUUAAAGAAUAGAAAUAAAGAUAUAAAAAAUAGGAAGAUGAUCUUUAUGAGAAAAUUACAUCAAUUGAAAAAGAUAAGAAUUAAUUAAGGUUAGAAUUAGAAUCUGAAAAAAAUAAAAAUUUAAGAUAAUAAUAACAAAUUUUAUAAUCAUAAACAACUGUGGAUAAUAAAGUAAGUGAGUAUAUGAAUAAAUUGAAAUAAAUUGAAAAAUCAUACAAUGAUUAAUUAAAUGAAAAGGAUAUUCUAAUACAGAAUUCAGAAUUGAAAUAAAAGUAAUAUUAAAAUGAAUUAGAUAAAGUUAAAGCACUAUAAAAACAACAAGAUAAUCUAAAUCAAUAAGAAAUAGCUAAUUUGAGAAGAGAGAUUGAAAGGUUAAAGGAUGAGAUUUCAGAUAAAUAAGAGACUAUAACAAAAUUAAAAUAAAGUUUAGCAGAAACAGAAAGUGUUUCUCAAUAUUCAUCAUUGUAACCAAGUAGAAGAAUUAAAAAUCAAGAUGAAAAUAAUACUUCUACUUUUAAUAAAGAUCUAUAUGAAUAUUAAAUCUAAACAUUACAAGCAUAAUUAGAUGAAUAAAAGAAAUUAACUCAAAAUUUAUUUGAUGCUUUUAAUAGCUAAAAUAAUUUAUAGAAAUCUAUGUAUGAUAAUAUGUCAUAAUCUCAAAAUAUGAUGAAUAAUAAUAAAUUGUUUCACUUCUUGAACAUUAUCCAUCAAUUAAUAGGUUUGUUAGUUGCAAAAACAGAUGAGAGAGAAGGAAAAGAUUAUAAAUAAUUAAUUCAAAAAUUAUUUAACUUUUUUGAAGAUAAUGAUAAUAGUUUUUCAAAUAAUAAUUUAACUGAUAGACCUAAAUUAAAGAAUAGUGAUAGUUAAAGAAUUGAGAAGACAAUGUCAUCUGAAUCUCCUAAAAACUCUAAUCUAAGCAACUGCUAAAAUAUCAAUCCAUUUAGAUCUCCAGAUUAACCAAAAUAUUAAAACACAAAAAUGACUAUUAUGUAAAUGUUUAUGUAACAUAAAAACAAAGAAAAAGAUUAAGAAAAACUAAGAAAAAGUGCAUAAUUGGAAAAUGUGUUAAAGAAUAGAAAUAAUAUGCAUGUUCAAAGAAAAAUGUAUUGA